AUGGAUCGAGUGAAUUUGGACGUCCUGAAGCCAUGGAUUACUGCCAAACUUAACGACAUACUGGGCAUGGAAGAUGACGUGCUCAUCGAAUACGUCUUCAGUCAGCUCGAAGAGAAAUCUCUCAAUCCAAAAGUGAUGCAAAUUAAUUUGACCGGUUUCCUGAACGCACGACGGGCCCGAGAAUUCAUGGGCGAGCUGUGGGGAAUGUUGCUGGAAGCGCAGAGCAGUGAAGAUGGCAUUCCGGCAUCACUAGUGGAAAAGAAGAUGAAGGAGAUACAGGAAAAGAAACAGUCUAUAUAA